AUGAUUAAUAAGUUUCGUUGUUCGGUUAUCAAAAAUGCUUAUUCUAGGGACAAAUAUGACAGCAUACGUGAAGGUUUAAAUGAUAAUAUGUGUGCAUUUAUUGAAAUGAAUGGGAUGACUAUUUCAGAAGAAGAUGGUGAUUGGCAAGCCCAUAAAGGCAUCAAAUUAUUAAGAUUUAGACACGAAUCUGAUACUUCCGUCCCGGAAUUGAAGCCCAUAGAAGCUCUAGAUGGGUACGAUGAGAGAGUUGACCAUUUAAGUGAGAUUCUCGAAUUAUGGGCCAAAAUUAAUGAAGAUUUGAAUAAUAAUCAAAGUGAUACAAUUACCUAG